AUGGCACUGUGUGAAAGUCAAUUGGAUUCUGUGAUGCAACUCCAAGACUCUCGUGAGGGGACCAGUUCCCCAGACAAGAAGCCAAAGUGCCCCCCCUUGCCUCUCAGCGUGGACUAUCGCUCCCCCGUCUCCCAUUUCGUGCCCCCUGCCGUUGAAUUGUACGCAGCGAGACACAAACCCGAGAUUAAUGUCGUGUCUGCGCCGGCGACGACGCCGGUCAAGCGAAAGCGCGGCCGGCCAAGGGUCGACAAGACGAGCCCCGAGUACUUGGCCAACUUGGCCGCGAGGAGGCAGGCUAAGGAAAUGGCCGCUGUACUGUCGGUGAACAGCCACAGCAGUAGCCAGCAGGAUUCGGGCGAGAAACGCAAGCGAGGUAGACCGAGGGUGGACAAGACCAGCCCUGAGUAUCUUGCGAGGAAGAGGGCUAGAGAAUUGGAAGCGCUGGAGAGAAAAGCGAAACGCGAGUACAGAAGGCGAACAACGGCAGAUUCAGCCGCUUCGUCGUCGGCCGGCGAGUCGACACCUCGUGUUAAGCGAAAAUAUACAAAGAGAGCGCCCAGCAACAAGAAAGAUGGGAAUUCGUCGACGGAGCGGGUCAAGGGGAAGCGUGGAAGACCUCGAAAGAUAGACCAGAUGAACAGAAAUCCGCAGGAGGGAAAGAUCCGCGUACGCAGUAAUCUGAUGCCGCUUAACACAGAACCCAUACCUGUGGACAGCGACGACGAACCCGACUUGGGUUCGCCAAGUCAAGCUUCAGAUUCGUUGAGUCUGGACGAGAAUCUUCGCGCGCUGAGGCACAUCCACGAAAAGUACGCCAAUAUUGAUAAGGACGACAUGUACGAGGCCCACUUGCUGGCGGCGAACUUUAAGAAACCGCCCAUGGACCAGGUGCAGAGGCUGGCCAGGGACGACGAUGACGUGCUGUCGGUCAGGAGUUCGGAGGGUAGUGCAUCAGUCAAAGAGGUGGACACGCGUAUCGAGAAAUUGGAGGACAGUUCGAACUCCGGAUCCGGCAGUAGCAGUUCCGGUUCCGGCAGUUCCAGUUCAGGGUCGAGUUCGUCUUCCAGUUCGGACAGCUCCAGUUCCAGUAGUUCGGAAAGCGAGGGGGAGGGUGAGGGCGACGGUCAGGUGGAGAGAAAGACAAAGGUCGACCAGAAUACUGUGAUGAACACAAACGACGACAGUAGGUCCUUCGGCGCCUGGUCGUACGGCCAGUCGGCGCAGUCGGGCACCAACUCGGACUCAGGGUCUGACUCGGACCCGGAGCGCGGAGGCGUCCCCGGGCCCAUCCCCGCCCAGGACGAGAUCAGCGAGAGCGACAACGAGUCCGCGGACAAGAGCUUCCAGUGCCACAUUUGCAAGAAGUGGUACUCGACGCGGGUCACGCUCAAGAUCCACAGACGAAGCCACCAGAACCGUGGUGGUGGUGGCUCGCGGUCCCGCGCCCGCUCCUCGGACCGCUACGAGUGCGACUGCUGUAACGAGACCUUCACGCGGCGAGAGAAGCUCUGGGAGCACAAGGCGGAAGCACACCGGGGCUCUAUGACGGUCCGAUGUGAAGUCUGCCGCAAGUGUUUUGAAGACGACACGGAGUUGGCGCAACACGACGCGACGCAUACGCCGGACGAAAGAGCCGGGCGCUGCGCCACCUGCGGGGCGACCUUCCCCCGCUACGAGCUGCUCCGGCGCCACACGAACACGGCGCACCCUCUCCCCGCGCGCAUGCCCCACGCGUGCCCGCAGUGCGGCAAGCGCUUCUCGCACGCACACUCGCUCACGCGCCACACACACAACCACUCGAAGCAGCUGUUUCGCUGCGUCGUUUGCAAGGCUUCGUUCGCCCGCGCCGACCAACUCGCGCAGCAUUUGAACAGUCACCUCGCGAAUUACAAGCGCCUCAAGCGAUAG